CGUAGGUGAGCAGACGCGGGUAGUCACUAUAUAGGCACUGAUUCUUGCUGGUGACCCACGCAACUUCUACAGCGGUCGCUGCAACAACCACGCCACCUCCUACCGUUAUCUUUGGUCAGGUGAUCGCGAACAAACGCCCGCAUUAGUGAAUCUUCGGCGCCUGUGGGCCUUGCCUCUCCGCCGCUGCCAUGUCUGGUCCUGAACAGCGAGCUCUGCAUCGAGUGUACGGAUCGGUCAGCGGCGUCAACUGGCGCCCGACGCGGUUCGUCGACGAGCUGGUGCUGACUCGUUACGCCUGCAGCGUGUGCGCCGUGAUUCCAAGCACGACGUUCGUGUUGCCCUGUUGUCACGCACUGUGUGGUCAGUGCCUGGCAGGUAGCGUCGCCCAAGAUGGCGGAAGCGUCUGUCCUCUGGACGGAGAACUCUUCUGCGAGGACGAGUGCCAGAAAUGUCAGCUUCCGGAGAGGAAGAAGCGGAACCUGAAGGCUCACUGCUGGAACGAACGCCACGGCUGCGAUUUCGUCGGUCCCCUGGCGGUGCUCCUGGAACACUUCGAGGCAGAGUGCGGCUUCCACACUUCUCCGUGUCAACGUUGCGGCGAGGAUAUUCCGAACGCUAAGCUAGCAGCGCACCACAUCGGCGGGUGCGGUGCAGGCAGCUUCUCAUCUGCGUUGCUCGCCGAGUCCUCGCAUCGAGCUCAAGCAAAGCCACCUAGAAAAGGCGCUGCCGGUGACGUCACUGCGACAGCGCACGGUAUCGAGGGCCACACAGGGAACCCCUACGAAGACGAAAUCCCGGCGCUUCAGAGCCAAGUGAACGAACUCACGGAGGCAGCAAGAGCCCAGAGCGCUCAGCUUCAAGACUUAAACGCCACACUAGCGGUUAGCCUCGAGGCUCUCAACGCCGCCGUGUUCGCAGCCGCCGAGAAAUUAACGGACGCUAUCGCCGAAGCUUCGCAGCUGCUGGAACACGUCCGCGCUUCGAGAGAGGAGGAAAGUUCUCGGUCACAUGAGGAUGAGGCGAGUGCAAGCGACUCAAGCGACUCAGACGUGUUUGACGCUUCGCUGUCCUUUCCUUGGGGUUUGAGAAUCGAGCGUCCUUCCUUUCCUUAGAUCACUAUCAUCACUCAGACGUGCGGGCGUCACUGCAAGGCGAGGCGACGGAUAUCCUUCGAAGUUUGGUAGUUCUCGCUGCCCAGUCUCUCUGGUGCCACGAACGCUCACUCCAAGCGCACAAUGGUAGAGUGCGCAUACCGGCACUUCAUAUUUCGAUGGAGUCUCAAAGUGAGACACCCACGCGUUCGGAUAGUCGCACGCCUCGCUGUGAAAACGGGAAGGAAAUAGUUUACUCGGUGGUUAUAGUGGGUGCCUCGAAGCUCUACGAGUAUGGCAACCCUACCUUGAUUGCUCGGUUUCGUAACCGACGCGCAUGGUGCAGUGUGACUUUUGGCGAACUACGUGGUUGUGUACGUUCAUGGACGCUGAGGUUAAAUUGGAACACGUGUUCAGCUGGCAGCUCUUUACUGCACGUUGUUUCUGUAGAACCGACAAUAUUGCAGAGUUCAUAUGGUUUCUCAGUGCCACACGCAACUUACGACCCGUGGUAGCAAUGUUUCUUUAUUGGUACCUUUGAUACUAAAAGCCACACUCAGCCCUUGUUUGACUUUCGAAUCAUCAUGCACGACUGUGAGUGACGGCGCCCAACUAAACCCGUCACGUGUAGCGGCUUUUGUCGAAGUCCAGCUGUCCCACGAGAGCCUCUAAACCAACUCUGAUAAACUGACGUUGGCGCAGAUAUCAAUGUCUCACUUUUUGAAUGAAGAUUACUUUGUGGCAGUCUUUUCAUAUCGAAAAAUGUUCUUAUAGCCAAGACAACCCGCCGUUAAAGCUACCAACUAUGCCGUUUCCUUUUCACACACUGGAAAUAAGUUUAUCUCAGUCAACCAUUAUGGAAUGCCGUUGUAGUUGCAUCCAUUUAUUUACACAGAAACGCUUUAAAGGGGGCCUUCCAUAGCUGUUUUAACGUGGUGGUGAAGGCUGCCACCGCACUGCAGCGUGUUCAGCAUUAAGCCUCAGUGAUUAAACAUAUAGAUUAUUCUGCUUUGACGUGCAAAUCUGCACAAAUAUAACGUCAGUGAGGUAAACCAUAGAACACCAAGGCUAUCUCACUCGAGGCAGUGUUCGAACACACAGUCAAACGCUACAUUUUGCCGCGGAUAUCUCUGUAGUGCUGCCUUUCCAAUAACCUUGUUGACGAGGAAGAAGGCUCUGUUCUCGCCAAGAGCGACAAAGGCGUCGCUACUGACAGCGAGUGAAUUGCGAAAGCACUCGUACGUUCACUGUAUCUUGCGAUUCAUAGUGACGAUAAAUAAAGCGUGCUGCAGGUA